AUGCCGUUUGUCGACGCCGCCAACUAUCCAGCAGAUCUUCUGCAGGGUGGUUUUCAUAUUGACGCAGACGAUGCAGACGACUAUCGCCUCCCGCGCACCCUGGCCAACGACCUGCUAAUCUGGAAGGAGACCAACGCGGAUACCGGAGUGGUCACCUGGUGGGCGCGUACGAACGUCAGGUUGGCCCCCGUGCCCUUGUCUGCGGACGCCCGCGCCAAUGCGGUCAUCGUUGCCAAGGACCGGCAGAUCCGCGACUUGCAGCAGACGGUCGUCAACCAACAGGCCCAGCUCAACACCCCGCCCCAGCCAAUCGUCGUCCAACAAGUGCCAGGUCCGCAGCGCUCGCAUAUCCACGUCCACGCCCCACGCACGUUCUCCGGUGUCUCCAACGACAAGGGCAUCUAUGACCCCACACCACGCGACUUUGUCCGGAAUGUGCGGAACUACCUCGUUGCUGAGGAAGAGGCCGCCGGUAACCCGCUCACCGACCACAACAAGAUCGUGCUAGUCUCCACGCUCCUUGACCAGUCCGCAGCCAUGUGGUAUGAGCAGAUCAUGGCCGACUACGCGGAGUAUCGGCAAAGGGCGGGUCAAGCCCAGCAGCAGGGACAUCCGGUACCGCCUUAUACCGGCCCACUUCUCGACCUCAACACGUUCUCGCAGGCCUUCCUCCAGCAGUUUGAGGACGUCAACAUCCAGAAGACGGCCAUCGCCAAGAUCCAGUCCAUGCAACAAGGCGCGCAGUCUGCGCAGU